ACUGUGUCGAUACCUAAAGGAUUCGAAUCACCUGCUAUGUCGAGCUUACGUUGUAGUUAUGGCCCAUUGAGUGAGUGAGCUAGCGGUCCGCGUGGUGUUUGUUUAUUUUUCUUUUGAAAACAUUGGUUUAUGAGCACUGAAAAACAAGCAGGAGGCAUGGACUGGUGGAUAAAAAGUGGACGCUAAGACGGUGUGAGCUGUAAUUCGGAGCCCGAGUCGGAGUUGAGCAGCAGCCCCGCGCUGGAGAGCUCAUCUCCGGAGGAGCCUUAACGUCAGUGCUGGGUUAACACAGAGGCAGAAAGAUAACACACACACACUGCAGCUUCUUCUUAUCUGUUAGAGACCAUGGCGCACGGAGGACCACCUCCUCGAUGGCUAAACUGUCCCAGGAGAGGACAACCUGUAGCUGGUAAAUUCUUACCAAUGAAAACCAUGUUGGGUCCCAGAUACGACGACAUGGUCCCAGAGGAGAACAGGUUUCAUCCGAGCAUGCUGUCCAACUACCUUAAAAGUCUGAAGGUCAAGAUGGGCUUGCUGGUCGAUCUGACGAACACGACACGCUUUUAUGACCGAACAGAUAUCGAGAAAGAAGGGAUCAAAUACAUCAAACUUCAGUGUAAAGGCCACGGGGAAUGUCCCACUGUAGAGACGACAGAGACGUUCAUCAGGAUAUGUGAGAACUUCAUACAGAAGAAUCCCACCGAACUCAUAGGUGUCCACUGCACUCACGGCUUUAAUCGGACAGGCUUUUUGAUCUGCACCUACCUGGUGGAGAAAAUGGACUGGAGCGUCGAAGCCGCAGCAGCAGCGUUCGCUCUCGCUCGCUCUCCUGGCAUCUAUAAAGAAGAGUACCUGAAAGAACUCUUCCGUCGCUACGGCGACGUCGACGACGCUCCACCUGCCCCGGAGCUUCCCGAUUGGUGUUUUGAAGACGGCAACGAUGACGUCGACGACGACGGAAACGUGAUCGCUCAGGACUCUGGACCAAGCUCAUCAGGCUCCAAUUCGGGCAAGAAGAAGAGAGAGAAACUGAAACUGGGUGCCGUGUUUCUGGAAGGCGUCUCGGUCAAAGGAGUGACUCAGCUGACCACUCAGCCCAAACUGGGGCAGGUUCAGCGCAAAUGUCAGGAGUACUGCGAGUGGGGAAAGACCGGCUUCCCUGGAGCUCAGCCCGUGUCCAUGGACAGGCGCAACAUUCAUCUGUUGGAGCAGAACGGCUACAAGGUUAGCUGGAAGGCAGAUGGAACAAGGUAUAUGAUGCUAAUCGAUGGCAGAAAUGAGGUGUACAUGAUCGACAGGGACAACUCGGUCUUCCACGUCGCCAACCUGGAGUUCCCUUACCGGAAGGACAUGAGGAUCCACCUCUCCAACACGCUGCUGGACGGGGAGAUGAUUGUUGACAAAGUGAACGGACAGCCAAUCCCACGAUAUCUCAUCUACGACAUCAUCAAAAUAACCGGCCAGCCGGUGGGUCAGUGCGACUUCAGCAGACGGCUGCUGUGUAUAGAGAAGGAAAUCAUCUUCCCUCGCUCCGAGAAAAUCAAGAUGGGCCAAAUCGACAAGACCAGAGAGCCUUUCAGCGUCAGGAACAAGCCGUUCUUCGACCUUCAUGCCGCACGGAAGCUCCUUGAGGGCAGUUUCACCUCUCAGGUCAGUCACGAAGUUGACGGCCUGAUCUUCCAGCCCAUCGGGAAGUAUAAGCCGGGCCGCUGUGAUGAAAUCCUGAAGUGGAAACCUCCCAGUCACAAUUCUGUGGACUUCCGACUGAAGAUCUCCAAAGUUGGAGGAGAAGGGUUGAUCACUCAGACGGUGGGGCUGCUGUACGUCGGCAGCUACGACAUGCCCUUUGCUCAGAUGAAGGUGACGAAGGACCUGAAGCAGUACGAUAACAAGAUUAUCGAGUGCACGUUCAAAAAUGACACCUGGGUCUUCAUGAGGCAGAGAAUAGACAAGAGCUUCCCCAAUUCUUAUGACACAGCGAUGGCGGUGUGUAACAGCAUCCAGCGUCCCGUCACAAAGGAACGCCUGCUGGAGUUCCUGGACCGCUGUGCUCAAAGCCGCAAGCACCAUUCGGACCCUGACGCUCAGCUCAUGCCCCCUCCCCCUCCAAAAAGACCCAGUCACGGCCUCCCGUAACCUUUUGCAUCUUGAAGUUGUUCUUGUGUAGCAGUUUUUUUUUAGGGUUGGUUUUUUUUUUUUUUUUUUUUUUUAAUAUAUGUAUUUGGAACCCUGUCCCUUUCUACACCCUGAUGAAGAGACUUUCUGAGAUGUACAGUGACAUUUCACAGCUUUAGCCUUCCUACUCAAACAUCUACCAGACAGCAGAUGCUGCAUUUCUUUGAAAUCUCUUGUGUGGAGACCUUGUCUGGGCGUUCAGAGCUGAAACAUGGUCUUGUAUAUAAAAAAAAAAGGAAAAAAAAAAAGAAUUAAAUAAAUGUUACAUUGACGUUUGUUUACCUCUCUUUGUAUUUAUUUUAUUGCGUUUUAUCACUUUUUUUUUUUUUUUAGCAUAGUGCUUUAAAGAACUAUUUUCAAGACUUUCAAUGCCACUCUCCAGACUGAUUGAGUUGGAUUUGUUUUGUGUAUUUAGCAUCCACAGAGACCAGCAAUCGCUUUAAGCAGUGUGCUGUAUUAAUUGUUUUAAAUUAAACAGGGUGCCGGAAGCAGCACUUUGUGUUGACGCUUGAUUUUCAGACCCGGUUCUUGCACUAAUGAUGUCAAAUUUCUUUCUCUAAGCCAGUUUUUUGUCAGGUUGAGCACGAUGGGCAGACAUUUCACUGAUUUGCUGUCACCAUACCGUGAAUACGCUGUUCCUAAGACUUGUAUAAUAAAUUCUAUAGAUAGCUGACGUGACCUUUUGCUUCCAGUGUGAUUCUCAUCAUGGCAUUGCCCCGGGCCUCCAAACAUAGAAGCUGUUAGUUCAGUGACAGGAAAGGACCAGAUGGUUUUCUGAUUUUAGAAAUUCCUGUUGGCGUCACUUCAGAAAUGUCAGACAAUUUAGAAAUCAGCGCCGUGCGGACUGUCUUCAUCACUCAGCAGGAUUGAAAUGAAAGCCUGGCUGGGGUGCAAGAUCUCCUGGUGAAGGAAGAGGAAGUCCACGAGAUCUUGUCAGCAAAAAAGUGAGUGCGAGAUGGUUGCAGGCAUCAGUGCGCUGUCAAAAAUAUAGAUUUCAGAAUGAACAGAGAUGUAAGUGUGUUAUUUUCAUAGAACUACACAGUCUGGAGUGUGUUAUUCCGCUUAUACUCCAGCAAUUUGCCAAUGUUUAAAGCAUUAAUAAACAACACGCUGCGCAUUUUAACAGUGUAUAAUUAGAUUGAACGUCCAAGAGAAAAGUUAGUUCCUGUUCUCACUUAGUCAGUCUUUCUCUUGCUGUUGUACAAAAAUUAUGCACACCUUCUGACCAAUCAGCUUGCGGGAAUUCAUCUGCGCUGUGGUAUAAAUAUAGAAAUACAGUCAGUUCACAUGAUAGUUGCCCUAUUUUAUUGUUUACACCUCACCUCAAGCCUACUCUUGUGUUUUCUACUGGAGGAGUUGAAGUUCAUCUCU